AUGGCCCCAACACUCCCAGACGCCACCAGCCUGCCGACACUGCCCGAUGCAGAGCUGAUAGCAAUCCUCGACCUGCUCUUUGAGCCCAGCGACGACCUCCACACCCUCGCGCUCCCGACCCUGCGCGCCAUCACCUUCGCCUCCUACGCUGAACUCAUCGACACCCUCCGCGACCAGCUCCUGGUCAUCGCCCAGAGUGUCCGCGCCGACCCCAAUGCGCGGGAGCCCCUCCACUCCAUCCUGGGCUCACACCCGCGCCUGGGCGAGAAGAAGGUCCACAGCACCCAGAGCGCCGCCGAGCAAGCCCAGUUGCGCGCCGGCCCUGACGGAGAGGCCGAGAAGCUGGCCGCCCUCAACCGCGAGUACGAGUCACAGUUUCCCGGCCUGCGCUACGUCGUCUUCGUCAACGGGCGCGGCAGGGACGUCAUCAUGGAGGACAUGCGGAAGCGAAUAGACCGGGCUAGCCUGGAAGAGGAGGAGAAGGAGGCCAUCAUUGCAAUGGCCGACAUCGCCAAGGACAGGGCCAGCAAGCUCAAAAAAGAGUCUGAUGAGUCCACUGUCGGCCGGUCUGCUCUCCCAGCCGACAGCUGA